ACCCUGGAGGGUGGUCGGUGCCAGAACAUGGGCGGGGCAAGACGGGUCCAGCGUCCUGCGCGUCAGUGGUCUUGGCAUAAGCUGGUUGGUUAGAGACUGAGUAGCCGGACGGAGAGUCGACAUGGCUGCGCUGUUUAGGCGAAGCUGCGGGGUACUGAGAAGUCUUUCUCGCUUUGACUGGAGAUCACAACAUACGAAAGCUGUCCAACACCGUGAACCUGGAUCAGGAUUUAGUUUUGCGUUCACUGAACAGCAGAAAGAAUUUCAAGCUACUGCUCGUAAAUUUGCCAGGGAGGAAAUAAUCCCAGUUGCUGCGGAAUAUGAUAAGACUGGCGAGUAUCCUGUCCCACUAAUUAAAAGAGCCUGGGAACUUGGUUUAUUGAAUACACACAUUCCAGAAAGUUGUGGAGGUCUUGGACUUGGAACUUUUGAUAGCUGUCUAAUUACUGAAGAAAUGGCUUAUGGAUGUACAGGGGUUCAGACUGCUAUUGAAGGAAAUUCUCUGGGGCAAAUGCCUGUUAUUAUUGCUGGAAAUGAUCAACAACAAAAGAAAUAUUUGGGGAGACUGACUGAGGAGCCAAUGAUGUGUGCCUACUGUGUAACAGAACCUGGAGCAGGCUCUGAUGUAGCUGCUAUAAAGACCAAAGCAGAAAAAAAAGGAGAUGAGUAUAUUAUUAAUGGUCAGAAGAUGUGGAUAACCAAUGGAGGAAAAGCUAAUUGGUAUUUUUUAUUGGCUCGUUCUGAUCUGGAUCCUAAGGCUCCUGCUAGUAAAGCCUUUACUGGAUUUAUUGUGGAAGCAGACACCCCAGGAGUACAGGUUGGAAGAAAGGAAUUAAAUAUGGGCCAGCGAUGUUCAGAUACAAGAGGAAUUGUCUUUGAAGAUGUGAGAGUACCUAAGGAAAAUGUUUUAAUUGGUGAGGGAGCUGGUUUCAAAAUUGCAAUGGGAGCUUUUGAUAAAACCAGACCUCUAGUAGCAGCUGGUGCUGUGGGACUAGCACAAAGAGCUUUGGAUGAAGCUACCAAGUAUGCCCUGGAGAGGAAAACUUUUGGAAAGCUGCUUGUAGAGCACCAAGGAAUAUCAUUUUUGCUGGCUGACAUGGCAAUGAAAGUUGAACUAGCUAGAUUAAGUUACCAGAGAGCAGCUUGGGAGGUUGAUUCUGGUCGCCGAAAUACCUAUUUUGCCUCUAUUGCAAAGGCAUGGGCUGGAGAUAUUGCAAAUCAGGUAGCUACUGAUGCUGUUCAGAUUUUCGGAGGCAAUGGAUAUAAUACAGAAUAUCCUGUAGAAAAACUAAUGAGGGAUGCCAAGAUCUAUCAGAUUUAUGAAGGUACAGCACAAAUUCAAAGGAUUAUUAUAGCCCGUGAACACAUUGGCAGGUAUAAAAAUUAACCAGAUCACCAUGUUAGUAAUUGUUGAGUAAUUAGAACAUGAUCUACUACUUAAACUCCAGGAAAGAGAAGGGGCGGGCUUUAAGGUUUUUUCCAGUAAAAAUUUUAAAAUAAGUACUCUUAUACUAAACCUAUGCAACUGAUUCUAAUAGUAGUUUUCUAUUUUUGUUUAGCUUUAUGACUUGCCUUUUCUAUAAUAGAUUUGGUUUUAUUAAAAUUAUGUGUUGUCCUUUAGUUCCACUGUACCUGAAUCACAUUAACCUAGAAAGAUACAUUUGGCUUGUUGUUUUGACCUCUUGUAAUUAAAGUAACAGAAGUUUCUUGGAAUUUCAAUGUUUUUCCAAUGACAGGAAGGAGGGUUUAUAAAAGUAUUCAGAAUUUUCCAAAAUUUACAUUGAGAAAAUAUUCUAGGAUUUAAAUAACUUGCCAGUGACUUUGUAGACUUAGUGGUAUUUGUAUUAGAGGAGUUAAUUUUACUGCAAUUUGGAAAGCAUUUGUUUUCCAUUUUGUACAGUAAUAACCAAAAAUUCGAUGUUCAUAUUCUCCCUUUAUACAAUGACCAGAAGUUACUUGAAAAUCUUGUUUAAUUCCGAGCCCACAUUUCACUUGCCUUAUUUAAAAUAAGUCAAUAAAAUUUCCCUUAAAUUAUUUUUAUAUGACUCUAUUGGUCUCUGGUUAACCUUUGGUCUACUGUACAGUCUCAUUCCGUGCAUAUACAUUCUAAAAAUAAACUUAACUAAAAUUGUUCA